GGCGUAUAAAUAGACACUGGGGCCGGCCGUUCACCCGGUUUAUCCUGUUGCGGUUAGUUGCGGAGCUGUCCCUCUCGUGUCUUACGUCCAGGCUUCCCGAAACGUUUCCACGAGGAAGCUGUCUGCCAGAGAGGCCCGGCGUCGAGCCGAGCUACUCUGAAGAAACCGCCGCCGCCUCAGCCGUGCGCGCGGGCCCACCCAGGGCAUUAGUUUGUCGGCGCGAAGUCGCGGGCCCCGGGCCGACUCUCCAGAGCCAUGAGUUACGGUCGUCCGCCUCCCGAUGUGGAGGGCAUGACCUCCCUCAAGGUGGACAACCUGACCUACCGUACCUCGCCUGACACCCUGAGGCGCGUCUUCGAGAAGUACGGCCGCGUCGGCGACGUGUACAUCCCGCGGGACCGCUACACCAAGGAGUCCCGCGGCUUCGCCUUCGUCCGCUUCCACGACAAGCGCGACGCCGAGGACGCCAUGGACGCUAUGGACGGGGCCGUGCUAGAUGGCCGCGAGUUGCGGGUGCAGAUGGCGCGCUACGGCCGCCCCCCGGACUCGCACCAUAGCCGCCGGGGACCGCCACCCCGCAGGUACGGGGGCGGCGGCUACGGACGCCGGAGCCGCAGCCCUAGACGGCGUCGCCGCAGCCGAUCCCGGAGCCGGAGCCGGUCCAGGUCCCGGAGUCGAUCUCGCUACAGCCGCUCCAAGUCUCGGUCUCGCACUCGCUCAAGAUCGCGGUCCACCUCCAAGUCCCGAUCGGCCCGAAGAUCCAAGUCCAAGUCCUCGUCGGUCUCCAGGUCCCGCUCGCGGUCCCGGUCCCGGUCCCGGUCCAGGAGCCCUCCGCCCGUGUCCAAGAGGGAGUCUAAGUCCAGGUCGCGAUCCAAGAGCCCCCCCAAGUCUCCUGAAGAGGAAGGAGCGGUGUCCUCUUAAACAAACGCUGCGGUCUCCUGUUUGAUAAAAGAAUAUUGGCCAGUAUUGCAGAUUUUAACUGAUUUGGCUGAUCCUCCAGGGACCAGUUUCUGUGGGCGUGUAUUGGAGCAGGUUUGUCUUUAAAUGUUAAAGAUGCACUAUCCUCAUAGAGCGAACAAUCAGUUCAACUAUUGUUGUACUGACUGGGACUUCAUAUUCUAAUGGAUGUGGCAAACGAAUUGCAAAAAGAAGCAAUGAACUUUUGGAACCCCCAAAAUUUUACAGGUACUACACUGGGUGGGGAAAGGAUAGUGUGUCUUUAACUCUCCAAUUGUUUGGUCCUGUUUUUUAAAAGGAAAGGGCCCUAAGUAGCUCAGAUAUUAAAGCAUUCUCAAUUGCCAAAUGUUUCAUUUGAGAACUAAAAAUUUAUAUAUCAAUUUUCUGGUUUAAAGUUUUUGUUUGGAUACAGCCCCUCCCCCCCUCCUUUUUUUUCCCCCUUUUUUCUUUUUACCCCCUUACCGUUUUUCUUCACCUUGGUUAUUUGGCCAAGAAUGUAUGAGCAAAAAUUUGUAAAUGCUGGUGGUAGCCUUUGAAAAUUUCCUAAAUGGGCCUUUAAAAACCUGAUGAUGGCUGGGUGGAACCUUUCUGUAACCUACUUGUUUCACCAGAGCCUUAGUAAGUACAUGCCUGAAAGUGAAGCCAGGUACACCUUCGAUAACUUAACAGUAAUUGAAGGUAAACUGAGAUUCUUUUUUUUUCAAACCUAGAUGUGUCGACAAGCAACAUAACAAAGGACUUGGGGGAAAAGGACCACAGUUCAGUCCAUCAGGAGUCCUUGGAACAAGCAACUGGCUAUUGAAAAGGUUAUUUUGUAACAUUUUGUCUACCUUUUUACUUGUUUUAAGCUUUGCCUCAGGUGGCAAACUUCAUUUUUUGUGCCAUUUUUUUGCUGUUAUUCAAAUUUCUUGUAAUUUAGUGAGGUGAACGACUUCAGAUUUCAUUAUUGGCUUGGAUAUUUGAGGUAAAAUUUCCUUUUUGUUUGUAUAGUGCUGACUUUUUUUGUUUGAAAUUAAACAGAUUGGUAACCUAAUUUGUGGCCUCCUGACUUUUAAGGAAACGUGUGCAGCAUUACACACAGCCUAAAGCUGUCAAGAGAUUGACUCAACAUUGCCUUCAUUCCUUAAAAUUAAAAACCUACAAAAGUUGGUGUAAAUUUGUAUAUGUUAUUUGCCUUCAGAUCUAAAUGGUGAUUUGAACCCAAAUUUGUAUAAAGACUUUUCAGGUGAAAAGACUUAAUUUUUGGAAGGAUUAUUUACCAAACACAAUUCUAAUCUCUUCUCUUAUGUAUUUUUGUGCACUAGGCGCAGUUGUGUAGCAGUUGAGUAAUGCUGGUUAGCUGUUAAGGUGGCGUGUUGCAGUGCAGAGUGCUUGGCUGUUUCCUGUUUUCUCCUGAUUGCUCCUGUGUAAAGAUGCCUUGUCGUGCAGAAACAAAUGGCUGUCCGGUUUAUUAAAAUGCCUGACAACUGCACUUCCAGUCACCCGGGUCUUGCAUAUAAAUAAUGGAGCAUACAGUGAGCACAUCUAGCUGAUGAUAAAUACCUUUUUCCUCUCCCCCAACCCCCAAGAGAAAUGGUCAAUCUUCAUGUAUAAACAAAAUAUGGAAAAUGUUAAGGAAGCAAAUGGUUUGUAACUUUGUAAGUACUUAUAACAUGGUGUAUCUUUUUGCUCAUGAAUAUUCUGUACUAUAACCAUUGUUUCUGUAGUUUAAUUAAAACGUUUUCUUGGUGUUAGCUUU